ACUUGAGUUGUUGAUAGUGAAAGUUUGCAUACAGAAAUAGCAUUAGCUGUAGGUAAAUGAAUAACAAUGCCUGUCCAGAAGGCGGCGGCAGCAGCAGGAGAUGUUUUAUCAAUAUCAUAUUACAUGCGGAUGAAGUGUGGAUGAGACACGAGACAUCGUUUCCCUCCGCCAAACUGAGCCUUAAUCUUCGUUUUCAAAACCAGUGUCAAACCCAGGUUUUCACAUCAUUGACCAAACACAAAAGGCAAUGGAUGGACCAGUAGAUGGCACCAAGCUCAUUCAGAAACACAAGCUGGUUCUCCUGCAGGCCCUGAUGGGAGAUACAGACUUCCUGCUUCAGCAUUGCCAUGCCCGUGGCAUACUGUCCAAUAAUGAGUACAACAACAUCAAAGACAUUGACACGCGUUCAAAGCAGGUACGGGAGAUCUUGGAUUAUGUGAUGCACAAAGACAACAAGCGUGCUCUGAGUUUCCUCAAAUUGCUGAAAACACAAGACAUGCAAGAGACAUUUCCUAAACUGCAAUUCCUUCAAAAAUUGCAAAUCAACAAACGCAAGACACCAAAUACCACAGAGACGACAGCCAAACGAAGGCAUGAGGUGUUGGAAAACGAUGUUCUACAGGAGAAGCCGUCUAUAAUCAAGUCCAGGAUGGUGAGUGAGAAGGAGAUGAUGAAGGUGGCCGGCUACAUUGGGAACAGCUGGAGGCAGGUGGGCAUAAUGGCACUAGGUAUGAGCACCACCACUCUUCAGCAGAUAGAGGAGGAUAACAAACUACACCAAGAGCGGGUUUUCGCCAUGCUGCGCAAAUGGAGCAUCCGUGAGAGGGACCAAGCCACAGCAGCUCGUCUCUAUUCCCUCCUAACCCAAGAGGACAACGGCGUAGACCCACGAAAUAUCAUCUUCCUGAUGGAAAACAACUGAGUCCACAGAGAGGACUGCAUUUGUGUAGCACUUUGCAUACGUAGACAUGCAAGCAUACCACUAGAGGGAGCUAUAACUGCUAUUCAGUUAUAUU